AUAAAAUGAUUAUCCUCCUCCGAUGAACCCAGAGGCUGAGGCCAAGGCACCCCCCGCCGACGAGGAGGCGACCUCAGCCGGCCCCCUCGCCUUCCCUCCGGUCUCCGCCCGCGGAGGAGGCGCUGCCGCCAUGCGCCUCAUCGUGCCCCUCCAGGGCAUCGUCCAGGGCCGCGGCGGCCUCGUUCUCGGCUCACUCAUCCCCUGCGCCCUCUUCUACUUCCUCCAGAUCUACCUCAAGCGCAACCGCUCCUCCCCCUCGCCCUCCUCCUCUUCUCCUCCCGCGGACGAGGCCGAGCUCCCCGGAAUCGUACGCACCUUAUCCCGCGCCUCCCUCGGCUCCGCUCGCAGCCCCGCCGCUGUUUCCUCCCGCGCUGUAUCCGUCGCCAAAUCCUCCGACAGCGCGGCCUACUUCGUGGGGUACAAGAAGUGCUCCGAGGACCCUUACCAUCCCCUCGACAACCCCGAUGGCGUCAUACAACUCGGCCUCGCGGAGAACCAUUUAUCCUUCGAUCUGAUCGAGGGCUGGUUUGCUACAAAUUCGAAGAAUUCGUGGUUCGAUGAACGACAGGGUGGGUUGAACAUUAAUGGAUUAGCGACUUACCAGCCUUCCGAUGGCUUGAUGGAACUGAAGAUGGCUAUUGCGGGAUUUAUGGGGCAAGUGGUGCAAGGAUCAGUCUCCUUCAAUCCAUCACGAAUUAUAUUGACAGCAGGUGCAACUUCAGCAAUCGAGAUUCUCAGCUUCUGCCUGGGAGAUCAUGGAAAUGGAUUUCUUGUUCCUUCACCAUAUUACCCCGGGUACGACAGGAAUACUAAGUGGACAGCUGGCAUAGAGGUGAUACCUGUUCCAUGCCGAAGCACUGAUAAUUUUAGUUUCAGCAUUGCUGCUUUGGAAAGAGCAUACGAUCAAGCAAAAAAGCGAGGUGUAAAAGUGAGGGCUGUUCUUUUCUCGAAUCCCUCCAACCCAGUUGGGAAUCUGCUGCAAAGAAAAUUGCUACAUGACCUUCUUGACUUUGCUACAGAGAAGAACAUCCAUGUCAUUGCCGAUGAAGUAUUUGCAGGUUCGACCUACGGCAAUGAAGAGUUUGUGAGCAUGGCAGAGAUUUUGAACUCCGAUGAUGAAUUUGAUAGAAGCAGGGUUCACAUAAUAUACAGUCUAUCCAAGGAUCUCUCUGUCCCAGGCUUUAGGACCGGUCUGAUCUAUUCCUUCAACGACCAAGUUCUUUCAGUUGCCUCAAAGUUGACAAGGUUCUCUUCUAUUUCGGCUCCGACACAGCGCUUGCUCAUCUCGAUGCUAACUGAUUCCGACUUCAUUACAAGGUACAUCAAGGUAAACAGAAGUAGGCUCAGGGCGAUGCAUGCAUUGUUCGUUGAUGGACUUAAACAAUUGGGAAUCAAGUGUGUAAAAAGUGGUGGUGGAUUUUAUUGUUGGGCAGAUAUGAGUCAAUUUAUGAAAUCAUACAGCGAAAAAGGUGAGUUUGAGCUGUGGAAGGAGUUGCUUGAUUUGGCAAAGAUCAAUGCAACCCCUGGAACAGCAUGCCACUGCAUCGAACCUGGGUGGUUUCGUUUCUGUUUUACAACAUUGACUGAGAAAGAUGUACCUGUGAUUAUGGAACGCUUCAAGAGAAUCUUCGAUAGUCGUUGAUUUAUUUUAGAAGAUUGUCGAAAGGAAGAGAUGGUAUAUGGAACAUGUUAGGAAUGUAGAAACAUCCACAAAUAUUCUGCAGGGGACAUCAGUAUCGAUGCUUGUAGCAACUGUUGCUCAAAGAAAGAAGGAUCAGAUGAUCGCUCGAUGUGACCGCCUCAGCUGUUAAUUUGAGCUCUUGUUCUCGGUUAAGAAUAUUCUUUUUUGACGAAUUACUGUCAUUUAGAUAAAAAUGCAACAAUGAAAUUUGAGUUAACAGACUUGGGAAAUAAAUUCUUGACUUUAUAUAUGUGUAUUUCAGUGAUAGAAACUCGAUUUUGAUGUUGGAUGUUCAUAAUAUGUUUACUUGGAGAGAAGUAAAAGAGAAAAAUAAAGGAAAUAAAGCUAUUAAUUUCUCAUGUUUA